AUGUUUAGGACAAGAUCGAUAUUGCUGGUUUUCUUUAUAUUUACGGCUAUAUUUGAGAGUAAAUAUUCUGUAAUGAUGGGGCUGUUUGGUAAGAAAAAGGAUCCCAAGGAGCAGGUUCGUGAAAUGCAGCGAAAGAUGAGAGGAGAAAUUCGGUCGCUCGACAGACAAGUGUAUGCCAUUCAACGAGAAGAGCAAAAGGUCACUAAAGAGAUCAAAGAAGCUGCAAAGAAAGGCGAUAGGGAGGUAUGUGUGGUCCUGGCGAAGUCAUUAUUACAAUCUCGGAAGGCUGUCGCGAAAAUACACAUGAGUAAGGCUCAGAUCAAUUCGGUCAUAAUGUGCAUGCAAGAGCAGCUAGCAACGAUGAGAAUGGCUGGUUCGCUCCAGAAGUCCACACAGGUCCUGCAAAGCAUGCAAAAUCUUGUAAAGGUGAGUAAUUCGUUGGAAAAUUUUUAG